CUUAAAACUUAAGUAAUGAGCUCUCAUAUAUUACUCCUGUUCGUUCAUGUUCUUGUUUAAGUCGACAGGACUCCAUUUUCUUUCUUUCCCCACCUACUAAAAGUGUUACUGUGUCAUCUUGAUUUUACUGAAGACUUAAAAAUAAAUUGUUGCCGAUGAUAAAUUUCAGGUUAUAUCCAUUUCUAAUCUUGAUGUUGCUUAGCUUUCAAACCCUUACAAGAGCACAUGAACACCCCCGAUCUUACAGUGAAGUACAAGUGGGAGUGAUUCUUGACAUGGAAUCAUGGGCAGGGAAGGUCGUUUAUCGUUGCAUCAGCAUGGCUAUUUCUGACUUUUACACAGCCAAUCCUCACUACACUACAAGAAUAGCUUUUAAAACCAGGGAUACCAAAGGAGAACCUCUGAGUGCCUUGUCUGCUGCUCUGGAUCUAUUGGAGAACACUAAAGUGCAAGCCAUAAUAGGUCCCGAAUCAACAGUGGAAGCAAGAUUUCUGGAUGUUUUUGAGGAUAAGGCUAACAUACCAAUUCUUUCCUUUUCAACAAGUCCUUUUCCAAAUCGUAAUCCUUAUCUUCUUCAAAUUUCACAAGAUGAAACCACUCAGUUCAAAGCCAUUGCUGCCAUGGUUGAUUUGUUUAAAUCCACGGAGGUGAUUGUCAUCUGUGAGGACACUACAAAUGGGAGAGAAAUGACUACUUAUAUGGUUAGUGCGUUUCAAGAAAAAAACAUAUAUGUUAUGCAUGCUAGCUUCAUUUCAGCCUCUUCCAACAAUGAACAAGUGUGGGAAGAGCUUCGUAAGCUUCAAACUAUGCAGACCAUGGUGUUUGUGGUGCAUGUGUCACCUUCUCUAGCGACCAAUGUUUUCUCUAUGGCAAAAGAGUUAGGCAUGAUGGGCGAAGGAUACAUGUGGAUCGUAACAAGUAAGACUACAAACUACUUGGAAUCCCUGGAUUCUGAAACAAUCGAAUCAAUGCAAGGGGCUGUGGGUUUCAGAUCAUAUUUUCCUGCAUCAAGGGACCUUCACAAAUUCGUUUCGAAAUGCAGAAAGGAACAUUAUGAUUUGAACCCUUUUAUGGAGUUUAAGGGGGUAGAUCCCAAUGGUAUAUGGGCAUAUGAUGCAGUUUACGCGCUAGCCACGGCUGUUGAAAGGAUACAAACUACAACAGAACUUGCUUCAAAAGACUUGGGUACCAAUAUUGGCACAUCACUUUUAGAUGAGAUGUUAAGAGUCAACUUGCAUGGUUUAGGUGGUGAAUUCAAGCUUAUGAAUGGAAGAACCACCUCCAAAGCCAUGGAAGUCGUAAAUGUGAUUGGUAAGGGUGGUAGGAGAGUCGGAUUCUGGAUGAUGGCUACUGGUGGUGGGUUUGUGAAAGAAAUAAAGAAACCAAAUUCCUCUUCGAAUCAAGGCCUUGAAAUUAUCAUCUGGCCCGGUGGGACCACAAGCAUUAAUCCAAAGCGUAGAAAGCUACAAACAAAUGGAAAUAAGAAGCUGAGAAUUCUGUUUCCAGGUGCCAGCCUAUUCCCAAAUAUAGCACAAAUAAGUGUUGAUCCCAGAACAAAUCUAUCGGGUGUCAGCGGCUUCACUGGGGAUGUUUUCAAUGCUGCAUUUAACGCCUUAGACUAUGGAGUUGAGAUUGAAGUUAUUCCGUUCUCUCAUAAGGAUGGAAGUACUUACAAUGAUGUGAUCCAAAAAAUCUAUCUUAAGGAAUACGAUGCUGCUAUCGGGGAUUUUACAAUCACUGAAAAUAGAUCUCUCUUUGUCGACUUCACGUUGCCCUUCACUGAUCUUGGAGUUGGCAUAGUAGCCAGAAACACCAAGAACGGCAUGUGGAUCUUCUUAGAUCCUCUUAGUGCAGAUCUUUGGAUCACAAGUGCUUUUUUCUUUCUUUUUUUGGGGUUUGUCAUUUGGUUUAUAGAACAUCGUACAAACAAUGAAUUUCAAGGUUCAACAAGACACCAAAUUGGAACAACCCUCUGGUUUGCCUUUUCAACCCUCGUUUAUGCUCACAGGGAGAAGCUGCAAAGUAAUCUAUCAAGAUUCGUGGUUACUGUUUGGGUUUUUGUAGUGCUUGUGCUCACGUCAAGUUACACUGCAACUUUGAGUUCACUUUUAACAGUACAACAGAUUGGAAUGAAGGAGAUGUCUAUUGGGCUACAGGGUCUUUCACCUCUAGGAAUUGUGUAUAACAAACUGAAUGUUGUUGACGGCUGGUCAGAGAAACUAUAUGCGCCUGAGGAUUAUGCUAAAGCAUUAACAACGGGAAGAUUUGAUGCAAUUGUCUCUGAGAUCCUUUACAUCAAAUCAUUACUUGCAAUGUAUUCGGGUGCUGAUUUCUCCUUGAUUGCAACAGCACCCACCACCAACGGCUUCGGCUUUGCGUUCCAGAAAGGUUCACCUUUGGCAAGAGAAAUGUCCACUCAGAUAGCAAAAAUGCGUGAAGACGGGACACUGAAAGCAUUAGAGGAUAAAUGGUUGAAACGUGAAUCUGCAAUGAUGUCAAAGGAUUUUUCUUCCCCUUCACCAAAAAUAUUGAAUUUUUAUGGGCUUCGAGGUCUCUUUUUUAUCAGUGGUGUAUCCAUGGCAUUGGCCCUUUUGUUUUCCAUGAUUGAUCUUGUUUGUGAAAAAUGGCAUAUCAAAGAUAAGAUUAAGAUGUUGAGGUGCGUCUUACAUGGAUCUUCAGAAAUACAUGAACAUGAUACUGAUGUGGAAUCAACGGUUUGAAUUUUCUGUAAAGUUAAAUCCGAACAACUAUACCAAACAUCUUGUAUCUACAAAAGAAUCAA